CAUUUCAAAAUGGCCGAUAUCGAAGAAUGUCGCAAUAUCUUCUGACAGUCAUCAGCGAAGAAAGGAAAUGUGAACAGUGAGCAAUACGCAUUUAUCUGCAAAAUCUUUUGUAAAAAAUAGUCUGCCGUUGUUCUCUCUGUGAUUAAUUUUGUGACAGUAGGUGGACAAGGGAAUGAUAAAAGUGCCCUAUGCAGAAAAAUGGAUGUGGACGCUCCUGUGUGUGCGGGAUCUGUGAUAAUUCAAGCGCAGUCCAAAAAUCGCAUCUCAAAGAAGAAAUCAUCUAAUCACAAGUACUGCCUGCUGUUCAAAGCCAGCCGCCAUGGGAUCGAGCGAUUGGAGAUUGCGGAUUCUGAGACUGACAAAAACCCGCGGAUCGUCACUUUGGAAAAUUGCGUAAAGAUUACAUCGGAGGCACCGCCGGCCAAUUUAAUUCAUAUCGUCACAAAGACGGAGAAUGUGACGGUGGGCACACAUGGUGAGGAAGAACUCAAGAAGUGGCUGUCCGCCCUGCAAACGGUGGCUUUCAAUGAAAAGACAACCUGUGGCUUGAAUCGGAGUUCUGCCAUAGAAGAGGAUAACGAUUUGUAUUGUUCAUCCUACAGCGAUGGCAUUUUCACAGUUAAACUCAUUCCCUCCGACACUUCCAUACGCUGCAACCUGCCCAUGAAACCCUAUCGUCUGGCCUUGACUACAGUGGAGCUCCAAUUGCGAUCAUUUGAAGAUGAAUCAGUCAUCAUUGCUAAGUGGCCAUACCGGUUCAUCCGGAAGUAUGGAUACCGUGAUGGAAACUUUACUUUUGAGGCGGGACGCAAGUGCGAGACAGGGGAGGGUAUCUUUCGCCUAGAUCACGCUAAUCCACAGGAGAUUUUUCGCUGUAUGUCCAGCAAGAUGAAGUGCAUGAAGAAACUGAUCAAUGGAGAGAGUGUCUCGAGUUUGGAAUGUGGAGAGAGUCAGCUCAGUGCGGCUCUAUCGAUGGAAGCUGGCUCUAGGAGUCCACUACCGCCAUCACCUAAUCAACCAUCCGUCCAGGAUACUGACAGUUCACCGCUGCAUCAGAGUUUUGCCUCAAUCAGGGGUUUCAUUUCCUCCAGCGAUUCCCUGAAUAAUGUAUCCACCAGCAGUUCUAUUCCUCUCCUCAAGCACAUUCCCCAUAAGCCGCCGCGCAAGGGAUUAACAAUCCCAUUGCCUGGAGCUCCAGAGGAAUCGUCAAAGGAUAAAUUUCGGAAUCUACCUAAUUAUGAACCUAUUGCCAUUCCACUACACGAAAAUACAACGGCGGAAACGACGGAAAGUGAGAGACAACCUCCACCGGCUCCAGAACGAGACUAUGAGAGUAUUGAGACAAUUACGGACGCAUGGAGGACUCUAGGUAUUGAUGAAGUGAAACACACUGAGCAGAUCCAUACGCCCGAGGAGGAUCUGAUUGAGUUUGUGAGGACGAGUGCCAAGGUGACACGACCCACUUUGUCUAUCGCCCCCGUCGAAUCGAGUAAUCCGGACGCUGAAUUUGCGGAGCACGAUGACUACGAUCGCUUGGAGUUUUUCAGGAGUAACAGCAAGGUUUCCGCUACGUACAAAACCGUCAUUCCUAUUGUGCCACCUACACCUCCGGUGUCCAAGCCCCGUUCUGACGACUACGAAAUCGUGGGUGAUCCAGAUACUCAAGCCUGUCGUCUAGCCGAUGAUAGCUAUAUGGGAUAUGGCGUAUUGCGGAAGCCACAGAACCAGACACAACUCGAUACACCGGAGCUCGAUCACCACAAGUACAACGGCCUGGAUUAUGCGAUUGUGAGCAAGCCCAAGAGAGUGUGACUUCCUCCGCCACCAAAGACUUGUCGCCAUACAUUCCUCGGGGACCAUUAAAGUGCCUUCCCUAUCGUCAGGGACACACCGCGUUGCCAUAAAACACUCCACAUCGAUGGAAAAUUACAACGAGCAAUCUCGAUCGGAGGAUGACUUCAGAUUAAGUAUCGCCAUCCUGUACUUAAUCUAGAUGUAUCUCUUUGUAUAUAAUCUCAUAUUUUAAUUAAAAAAAAAAUUAAAUAGCA